AAAAAAAAAAUGACAAUCAUAUCUAACAAAGGAGUAGUGCUUAAGGCACAUCCAAAGGGAAUGCCUAAAGUUGAUGAGCACUUUGAACUAGUUGAUCGUACAAUUGACAUUGAAAAUUUAAAAUUGGGAGAAAAUGAAUUUGUUUUAAGAAAUCUAUAUUUGUCAUUAGAUCCUUAUGUUCGUUUGACUUUAAAGGAACACGAACCUAAACAUGAACGAACAAUCAAUAAAGCAUCUAAAAAACAACUUGUACAAAUCGGUCAGAUUAUAAUUGGCGCUGGAGUUUCUGAAAUUAUAAAGACAAAUAAUCCUAACUUUAAAGUCGGAGAUUUAGUUUAUGCAUUGAAUUUAGGUUGGGAGGAAUAUUCUCACAUCAAAUCUGAUGCUACUUCUAAUUUUUUUUUUAUAAAUAAAGAUUUAUUAAAAGAUAUCCCAUUGAGUUAUUUCGCUAGUUUUAUUAAAAGAGGUGGAUUAGCUCCUUAUGCAUCCCUUAAAUAUAUUGGAAAACCGAAAGAGGGAGAAACAAUUUUUGUUUCAGCUGCUGCUGGUUUUGUUGGACAACUCGUCGGUCAAAUAGCGAAAAUUAAAGGAUUGAGAGUUGUUGGAUCUGCUGGAUCUGAUGAGAAAGUUGACUAUCUUUUGAAUGAAUUAAAAUUUGAUGCUGCCUUUAAUUAUAAUAAAGUCGAGCUCGAUAAGGCAUUAUACGAAUAUUGUCCAAAUGGGAUAGAUAUUUAUUACGAAAACGUUGGUGGAGAGACUCUUGAAGUAGUUUUAAAUCAUUGCAACCUUUUUGCACGUAUUGUGGCUUGUGGUAUGAUAUCACAAUAUAAUAUAACAGAUCCAAAAGAAAAAUAUGGAGUAAAGACAUUAGAAAAUAUUGUUACGAAAAGACUUUAUAUUCAAGGAUUUGUUGUAACAGAUUAUAUUGGAACAGAUAUUGAAAAAGAAUAUGAGAAAGAAAUUAUAGAAUGGAUUAAAAGUGGUAAAAUUAUUUAUAAGGAGACAAUAUUUGAUGGAAUUGAAAAUGUUGCGAAAGGUUUUGUUGAUAUGUUGAAUGGUAAAAAUAUUGGUAAAUAUAUUGUUAAAUUAGCCGAUUAUUAAAUUUUCACCGAUAAAUAAGCCUGGAUAAGCUUGUUAGAGUAUCACGUCCGUUAGGCUAAUAAACUUUGAAUUUUUUUUUAAUAUAAAAUUUUCUCAUUUUGAUUAUAAAUCUUCGUGUAAUGUUAUCAAAUAUAUUUUACUUCACGAGAAAGAAGAUAAUAAUAUAACCUCUCGCGUCAAAUAUACUUAAU